AUGGCAGAGGAAGAAGGACACGAAAACAUGGCCAUUGUUGGGGUACUCAUAGGCUUGAUUACCUUCCUAAGUUUCGUCUUGGUAUGGAUCAUGUUUCCGCCUCUGAUGGAUUUAAUUCGAAGGAAAAUGCCAGUGUCACAGAAACGGAUUGACCGACGGUAUGCGACAAUUGAUGGUUGGCUUAUCAGCAAGAGAGUCCAACCGCAUGAUGCCUGCUGUGAACUGUUAAUCAGACAGUUGGCGGAGAAUCCCGAAAAGUAUGUCAAGCCACCAUGCACCAGCUGCUCAUCGGAUACAUCUUCGGCAACACAAUCUUCCUGCUCUGGUAGCUCUUGCAGUGGUUGCAGCAACUCCUCUAGCAACAAGAAAGAUGCACCACCACCUCAAAAACGAUAUAUCUUUAAUCCGGGCGCCAUGCUCACCAAACUAUCAUCUAUUCAUUGGGAAACGGAGGAUGCUGAUAAACAAAAGGGCGACGACAUGAUAGAAGAAGAUCCAGAACUUCAGUUGGAGGAGCCUCAGGAUGAUCAAUCGGUUAGUACAGAUGGCGACGAUUUGAUGGAUGAUAAUGGGGAUAUUAUGAAUAAAAAAUGUGCCAUUUGCUUGGAAAAGUUUCGUAUCGGCGAGGCUGUUUCUUGGUCGUGUGACAUUUCUUGCCAACACGUCUUUCACCACGAGUGCCUGAGGAAUUGGUUGCUUCGCCGGGUUCAAUGUCCGUGCUGUCGAACCAUUGUUCUUCCAGUCGACAAGCCGAAGCUAAAAUUGCAAUCUAGCAAGCGACCGCGGCGAUUGUUUGGUGGAGAAAAGUUCACUUCCGAAGAGCUGAAAGAAAUGGCCUCUGUACGAUCCAAGUAUUUGACACGAACCUACUUUUGUGUGGAAGAGGGAUUGAUCAUACUCCGGUCAAUAGAAGAUGACCGAAAGAAAAGGGAAGCAGCAGCAGCGGCAGCCUCGAAGGCAGCACCUACAACCAAUGAUACCGAAAGGACUGUAAAAGACGACGAAGAUACCAAUUCAUCCUGCUCUAGCACUCCCUCCGAGACGAAACGAAACUUUCUGUUUUGGAAGUGCAAACGCCAAGAUGAUACCGCUGAUGGGAAUGGAAGUGAUCUUUUAAAUACAACUAGAAGCAUGUGCAGUGGUGACAGCUUUGGAGAUGUAGAUGACGAAGAGGGUGCUACACCAUACCAGUUGCGUCGUUGCAGCACAGGCCCAACCAUAAGCAUGGGAAGUGGCCCCAGUGAAGCCUUUGACAGUUCUGCGUUUGAUGACUCGGAUUUGGAAGCUGCCGACUCGACCGAUGCCAGCGAGACCGAUCAAGGCCUCGGUAAUAGCUGCCGAACGAGCGACGAUGAAUAUGGCCGCAGCUACAGGUCUGAUCAUGACCUUGGCAGCAGUUACCAGACGAACGAAGAUGAAGAUGGUCGCGACAUUAUCAAAAGUUGCCGGGCAAGUGAGGAUGGAAUUGAUGAUGUAUCUUCUUCAUCUUCAUCCGCUGAAAAAAAGGACAACGAAGAAGAACCAAUCGACCAAAGUGAACGGACUCAUAAUGGUAUGGAGAUUGUCCACCUUGACGUUAUUGCCUAA